GAGAGAGAAGCGACUAUAUCGUAGGGUUAUUUAAUGAACACGAAAAUAGAGAGGGAAAACCGAACACGGCGGCCUACAGGGAUAGAGUGAGAAAAAGAUACAAAAACCAGAGCGAGAGCGAGACAGUUGUUGCAGAGGUUGCAGAGACGAGAUAAAGAAGAAGAAGAAGCAAAAGGAAGCAACUGCUUAAAACCCUAACCCUAGAAAUGGUUCUUGCUUGCUUCUUUACUACUUGAACACGAGUAAGGGUUUCACUGAGGCUUUUCGUCAACGAGGAGGAGAAGAGGAAGUUUUUUGAAGGCGACAACCACGAAGAGGUGUAGAGGAGGUUUUACUAGCUUCUCCAUUCUGUUGUGUGUUGUUUGACUCAGAUCUCUGUGUUUUCUGUUCGAGAAAUGGUAAAAGGAAACCUUUUUUUUUCGAAGGUGAAGUGACGGAACGCUAUAGUUAGCUUGUGCCUCUUUUGUCAGAAGUGAGGUUUAGGGUUUUGUGUUGUUUCGGUUGAGAUCUUAUUGUUUUGUACUAGUAGAAAGGUUCUGAUGAAAUUGUUGUAGCAAAAGCGAAGAGCAUUCUCCUUGUUGUUUAAGUUAGUUGUUGUUGAGGUAGUAGAUAGAGGAAGAGGAAAGUUUUGGAAGACUGAGAGAGGAUUUGGUAGCCGAUUCUUGUCGUGGUGUUACCUAGGCCUGUUGUCACCAGUCUUCAUUCAUAGUUUGAUAUCAGAUCUUUGCGCUGGAGCGAUUAGGGAUACCGGGAACCAUGUCUUCCUUGAGCAGGGAACUGGUAUUUUUAAUCUUACAGUUCUUGGACGAGGAAAAGUUCAAGGAAACAGUCCACAAGUUGGAACAAGAGUCUGGUUUUUUCUUCAAUAUGAAACACUUCGAGGAUCAAGUUCAGGCGGGUGAAUGGGAUGAAGUUGAAAAAUAUUUAUGUGGGUUUACAAAGGUUGAAGAUAAUCGGUACUCAAUGAAAAUUUUCUUUGAGAUAAGGAAACAGAAGUAUUUGGAAGCUCUUGAUCGGCAUGAUCGUGCAAAAGCAGUUGAAAUUCUUGUAAAGGAUCUUAAAGUUUUUGCUUCUUUCAAUGAAGAACUGUUCAAGGAAAUUACCCAGCUUCUCACUCUUGAGAACUUUAGACAGAAUGAACAGCUUUCCAAAUAUGGUGAUACCAAAUCAGCUCGGAAUAUCAUGCUUAUGGAACUUAAAAAGCUUAUAGAAGCAAAUCCUUUAUUCAGGGACAAGCUCACAUUCCCACCCUUCAAAGCUUCACGAUUGAGAACCCUGAUUAACCAGAGUUUGAAUUGGCAGCAUCAGCUAUGCAAGAAUCCACGACCAAACCCUGAUAUCAAGACACUUUUCACUGAUCAUACCUGUGCCCCUAAUAAUGGGGCUCGUGCUCCACCCCCCACCAAUAGCCCCCUUGUUGGACCGAUUCCUAAAGCUGGGGCUUUUCCUCCUAUUGGUGCACAUAGUCCUUUUCAGCCAGUUGUUUCGCCUUCUGCCAGUGCUAUUGCAGGGUGGAUGUCAAGCCCCAAUCCUUCUUUACCUCAUGCUGCUGUGGCAGCAGCCCCUCCUAGUCUUGUGCAGCCUCCUAAUGCAGCUGCUUUCUUGAAGCACCCGAGGACUCCUACGAGUGCUCCAGGCAUGGAUUAUCAGUCAGCUGAUUCAGAGCAUUUGAUGAAGCGAAUUCGAACUGGACAAUCUGAUGAGGUUUCAUUUUCUGGUGCUACACAUCCUCCUAAUAUCUAUUCCCAAGAUGACCUUCCUAGAACUGUUGUACGGACACUUGGCCAAGGAUCCAAUGUGAUGAGCAUGGACUUCCAUCCACAGCAACAGACAAUUCUUCUUGUGGGUACAAAUAUUGGUGAAAUUUCAAUUUGGGAAGUUGGGUCUCGAGAACGGUUAGCACAUAAAACCUUUAAGGUUUGGGAUAUCUCAGCUUGUUCAAUGCCCUUGCAGACAGCAUUGAUGAAAGAUGCUACAAUAUCUGUGAACCGAUGCAUUUGGGGCCCUGAUGGAUCCAUACUUGGUGUUGCAUUUUCAAAGCAUAUUGUUCAAAUAUAUAUGUACAACCCAACUGGAGAAUUGAGACAACACUUAGAGAUUGAUGCUCAUAUUGGUGGUGUUAAUGAUAUUGCCUUUGCUCAUCCCAAUAAGCAACUAUGUAUUGUCACUUGUGGUGAUGACAAGACAAUUAAGGUAUGGGAUGCUGUAGCUGGGCGCAGGCAGUAUAUAUUUGAAGGCCAUGAAGCACCUGUGUAUUCUGUUUGUCCUCACUAUAAAGAGAAUAUACAGUUUAUUUUCUCUACUGCAAUUGAUGGGAAAAUUAAAGCAUGGCUCUAUGAUUGCUUGGGAUCUAGAGUGGACUAUGAUGCUCCUGGACUUUGGUGCACUACGAUGGCAUAUAGUGCAGAUGGAACAAGGUUGUUCUCUUGUGGAACAAGUAAAGAAGGUGACUCUCACCUAGUUGAGUGGAAUGAGAGUGAAGGAGCAAUCAAGAGGACUUACUCUGGUUUUAGGAAGCGCUCUUUAGGUGUUGUCCAGUUUGACACAACAAGGAACCGUUUCUUGGCUGCUGGUGAUGAAUUUCAGAUCAAGUUUUGGGAUAUGGACAACACCAACUUGUUGACAACUACUGAUGCUGAUGGUGGAUUACCUGCAAGCCCUAGACUGAGGUUCAACAAAGAAGGGUCACUACUGGCUGUCACAACAAGCGAUAGUGGAAUUAAGAUCUUGGCAAACACUGAUGGGCAGCGUUUAAUACGGAUGCUGGAGAGCCGGACGUUUGAGGGGUCUCGUGGUCCUACUGAACCAAUCAAUACUAAGCCUGCAAUUGUUACCCCACUGGGUCCUGUAGCCAAUGUUUCUGCCCCCUUAGCACCAACCAUGGAACGCUCUGAUAGAAUUACAUCAGCAGUAUCUAUUAGUAGUCUUGGUCCCAUGGACAACGGCAGGUCAACAGAUGUUAAGCCAAGAAUUUCAGAUGAUGUUGACAAGGUUAAAAGCUGGAAAUUGCCUGAUAUUGUAGAUUCAUCCCAACUAAAAGCUCUACGUUUGCCUGACCCCAUAACAGCAGGGAAGGUUGUACGGCUAAUAUAUACUAACUCAGGGCUAGCUGUUUUGGCACUUGCAUCCAAUGCAGUCCAUAAACUGUGGAAAUGGCAGCGUACUGAAAGGAACCCAUCUGGCAAGUCCACUGCAUCUGUUACCCCACAGUUGUGGCAGCCUACAAGUGGAACUCUCAUGACUAAUGACACUAGUGACACCAACUCAGCUGAAGAAUCAGCUGCAUGCAUUGCAUUAUCAAAGAAUGAUUCUUAUGUAAUGUCUGCAUCCGGUGGAAAAGUCUCUUUGUUCAACAUGAUGACAUUUAAGGUCAUGACAACUUUCAUGCCCCCUCCCCCUGCAGCCACUUUCUUGGCAUUCCACCCUCAGGACAACAAUAUCAUUGCUAUAGGAAUGGAGGAUUCAACCAUACAAAUAUACAAUGUGCGGAUUGAUGAGGUUAAAACCAAAUUGAAGGGGCACCAGAAACGAAUCACUGGUCUUGCAUUUUCCCAGACUUUGAAUGUCCUUGUGUCAUCUGGAGCUGAUGCACAGCUUUGCAUGUGGAGCAUUGAUGGAUGGGAAAAAAGGAAAGCAAGGUUCAUACAAGCACCGCCCGGUCGCUCUUCCCCACUGGUUGGAGAAACCAAGGUUCAAUUCCACAAUGACCAGGUUCAUUUGUUAGUGGUCCAUGAGAGCCAAAUUGCUGUCUAUGACAGCAAGCUUGAAUGCCUGCGGUCGUGGUCUCCAAGAGAUGCUCUUCCUGCACCCAUAUCAAGCGCAAUAUACUCGUGUGAUGGUCAACUGGUUUACACAGGAUUUUGUGAUGGUGCUGUUGGUGUAUUUGAUGCAGACAAUUUGAGGCUUCGGUGUCGAAUAGCACCCUCCGCAUACAUGCCUCCUCCCACAACAAGUGGCAGCAGCAGCACUCUCUAUCCAAUGGUGAUUGCAGCCCACCCGUCUGAACCCAAUCAAAUCGCCCUUGGCAUGAGUGAUGGUGCAGUCCAUGUGGUUGAGCCGUCUGAUGCAGAACCAAAGUGGGGUGGCCCGGCACCCCAAGAUAAUGGCACCCUACCUUCCAUCCCAUCAAAUCCUUCUCUGAGUAGUCAGCCAACCGAAGCAACUCCCAGGUGAUCGAAAUUUGAAGGAGCAUCAACCAAUCAGCUCCACUGUCAGAUAACAGAAGGUAAGCAGAGAGGCCAAGGUAUUCCCGGACAUGCAGCAGAGCGCCCCAACUUUUUAUUUCCCCCAUAUUAUGCUCAACGCGGAUAUGGCCCGUCUCAUCUUCAUUGUAAAGUCCUUUUCUUUUAUUUUUGAUUUUUUUAACCUAAUUUCCAAGGGGAAAAAAGUGUACAUCGCCAGUAGGAUAGAUAUCAAAGGCAUAUUUGGAUGGGUGCAGGUCAUUUUGCCUUCCAUCAUCCACGUCAUUCAGGUGUUCGUUUUUGAGUUGUUUUGUUGUAGUCUAAUUUAACUUGUAGGGGAGUUGGAGAUCCGUUGGCUCCUAUCCACACCCGCCUAUCUAACACCAGCUACACUGUUGGUUACAGUUAAUGUUAUUAUUACACCUUACAUAAUACACUUGGACUUGGUUAUUGUUAUUUGACUUCAUUUUAUUGGAUGUAUUAUUGCGUUUACUAUU